AUGUCAAGAGCUGAAAAUCCGGAAAUCCAUCCGGUAGAGCUAGCUGCUCAGAGGGGAGAAGCUCUCUUAACACCUGAAAGCGAUAAAGAUGAGAAAUUCGAUUCGAUCAACUCAAACACAUACGAAAAUAACGAAAGUAAAACGUUAGGAUACGAUCAUGAAGCUGAGUUUGGACAAGCUAAACUCAACGAUUUCGCCAUUAGAGAUGAUGAUGAUGAGAAUCAAUAUGAUUGGGAAUCAGAUGAAUUCAAAAAUAUACCUGAGAUAGUUAGAAAUACAGUUAGUUUUGAAGAUGAUCCGACUUUACCUGUUAUUACUUUUCGAGCGAUAGUCCUUUCGGCUUUGUUCUGUACCAUUGGGAGUAUCGUAUCACAAAUAUCCUAUUUUCGUACGACCAGUGCGCCGUUCCCUGUAUUCUUCGUCAUCCUGGCUUCUCACCCAUUGGGGAAACUUAUGGCUCGGGUGCUUCCUGAUUACAAAGUACCACUUGGAAGGUUUUUUUUCUCACUCAAUCCUGGUCCAUUCAAUGUCAAAGAACAUGUUAGAAAGUAUCUGUCUCUCAUCGGUAUCGCGGCUAACGCUGGAAGUCAAGGACAGUGGGCCACUUUCUUACCCACCAAUGCUGCUCUUUACUAUAAUAUCACGAUGAAUCCUGCAAUAGCCUUAUUUUUCGGUUGGGGUGCAUCUCUUCUAGGAUUCUCUUUCGCAGCUAUGGUCCGACCUAUCUUAAUCGAUGAUCCCCAAUUCCUAUUCCCCUUAUCUCUUCAACAAGUAACCGUCUACCGAAGUAUCCAGGGAACAACCGAAUUGCAUCUCGAACGAUCUCGUAAACAGAUGAAAGUAUUCUGGCUAGUGUUCUUGGGAAUGUUCAUCUGGCAAUUCUUCCCUGCAUUCUUAUUUCCAUUUACCGCUGCCUUGGCUCCCCUGUGUUGGUUCGCCAGCCAAAACCAUAAAGUCAAUUUCAUCGGUGCUGGAAGAGGUGGAAUUGGUUUAUUGAACAUUACCUUAGAUUGGUCAAAUAUCACUUCGACCGUGAUCACUUAUCCUUAUAGCGUUCAAGUGAUCAUCUUCGUCGCUUUCGUCAUCACCACUUGGAUCCUGAUUCCGAUAGCUUACUUUGGGAAUCUAUGGGGUUCACCAACUUAUAACAUCAUGUCUAAUGGAGUUUUCCAAAAGAACGGCUCGGCGUAUCCCUUCAAUUCCCUCUUAUAUACCGAUGCUUCGGGCUCGCAAAUCUUCAACGAAACAAGGUACGAUGAGAUUGGUCUCGCUUAUUCCGGUGCUCAGUAUCUUUGGGAGAUCUUCAUGUGGUACGCUUCGUAUAUUUCGUCUUUCGUGUGGUGCGGCCUUUUUCUUGGACCCAAUAUCGCCCAUGUAUGGAGAUCAUGGCGAGCGAGAAAGGCGGCACAUAACGAUCGACUCAGUAAACUUAUCCAACAAUAUCCAGGAUUGACUUGGUGGGAAUGGGUUCUCCUCACUCUGAUUCCCUUCUUCAUGCUCCUCGGGGUCAUCGUCACCAAGAAAUUAUACAUGUCUACAUGGACGUACUUUGUCGCUCUCGGUUUCGGCGCAGCGGCGAUGCUACCUAUGAGUCUGAUCUAUGCUGUAUCUGGAUAUCCUAUGAAAGUUGGGUUUUUCAAUGAACUUGUCUACGGAUAUAUGAUCGACGCUAAAGGAUCUUCCCGUCACCCAUUGGGUCAACUUGCUUAUCGAAUUAUCUCCGGUAAUGUGUGGUAUGAUGCUAGGACUGUUUUAGAGGAUCAAAAGUUGAGUCGAGCCUUUCGAUAA